CGGAGUGCUGAUCGAAAUGAGUCGCCUAACGAAGCAAGACCUCUCGGAGCGUGAUCGACAAGUGCUGGAGUCGAUCUUCAAUCCUUCGCAAAUCGGUGGCGAAGAGUAUCUGCUGCAGGAGGAAGAGCAACAUCUGACCGACCCACAGGAUGCCGAUGAGGUAGCCGAUCCACGCGUAAAAGAAUCCCAGCGACUCGAGAUUGAAGCGAUCGCGUUAACAAACGCCGGCAGGCUGAGUGAGGCCCUCGAGAUGCUGGGGAAAUCCAUCGAGACAGCACCACAUCGCCCGGCACCGUGGAACAAUCGGGCUCAGGUUCAUUGUUUACUCGGCCAGGAGCAAGACGCCGUGAAGGACAUCGAACGCGCCCUGGAACUAUCGGGACGUAGCGGAAGGACCGGCUGUCGGGCGCUCUGUCAACGGGGCAUUCUGAGGCGCAAGAACGCGGAUACGGACGGUGCACGGGAGGAUUUUGAGGCAGCGGCACGACUGGGCAGCCACUUUGCCCGCACCCAGCUGAUCGAACUCAAUCCGUACGCGGCCUUAUGCAAUCAGAUGUUGCGCGAGGUCACAAAGUUAUGAACCGAUCAUCAUUACAGCAAUAAGUGCCAACGUUUGUGCCAGUAAGUUAUAAAAGUAAUAAAAAGGAUAACUUUUCCACAAAAAGUAAUGCGCCACAGAGAGGAAAGGCGAUCUGGUCGAGAAUGCUUCCCUCACUCUCUGCAAUCUGGUGAUCUUGUUUGCCAACAUCAUUGUGCCGUUAUGUGCCUUAAACCAAACAACUGCUAACGAACGAGUGCAUCCUUGUGAGGUAAUCAAAUACGUAAAGAUUAUGAUGUGCUAAUGUAGGUUUAAUGCACCUUGACAACCACAACAAAAAAUAAAAACGGC